CGUCUUCCGCAGCGCUCGCCGCAGCCGCGUAACCCCGAGCCUUUGCUCUUUGCAGAAUGGCCCGCUUCGGAGACGAGAUGCCGGCCCGCUACGGCGGAGGAGGCCCCGGGGCAGCCGCCGGGGUGGUCGUGGGCGCCGGCGGCGGGCGAGGAGCCGGGGGCGGCCGGCAGGGCGGGCAGCCCGGGGCGCAAAGGAUGUACAAGCAGUCAAUGGCGCAGAGAGCGCGGACCAUGGCCCUCUACAACCCCAUCCCCGUCCGACAGAACUGCCUCACGGUCAACCGGUCUCUGUUCCUCUUCAGCGAGGACAACGUGGUGAGAAAAUACGCCAAAAAGAUCACCGAAUGGCCUCCCUUUGAAUACAUGAUUUUAGCCACCAUCAUAGCCAACUGCAUUGUCCUGGCCCUGGAGCAGCACCUCCCCGAUGACGACAAGACCCCGAUGUCUGAGCGACUGGAUGACACAGAACCAUACUUCAUUGGAAUUUUUUGUUUCGAGGCUGGAAUUAAGAUCAUCGCCCUUGGGUUUGCCUUCCACAAAGGCUCUUACUUGAGGAACGGUUGGAAUGUGAUGGACUUCGUGGUGGUGCUAACAGGCAUCUUGGCGACGGUGGGGACAGAGUUUGACCUGCGGACGCUGAGGGCAGUUCGAGUGCUGCGGCCGCUCAAGCUGGUGUCCGGAAUCCCAAGUUUACAAGUCGUCCUGAAGUCCAUCAUGAAGGCAAUGAUCCCCCUGCUGCAGAUCGGCCUCCUCCUGUUUUUUGCAAUCCUUAUUUUUGCAAUCAUAGGCUUAGAAUUUUAUAUGGGAAAAUUCCAUACCACCUGCUUUGAAGAGGGGACAGAUGACAUUCAGGGUGAGUCCCCGGCCCCGUGUGGGACAGAGGAGCCCGCCCGCACCUGCCCCAAUGGGACCAAAUGUCAGCCCUACUGGGAAGGGCCCAACAACGGGAUCACUCAGUUCGACAACAUCCUGUUUGCAGUGCUGACUGUUUUCCAGUGCAUCACCAUGGAAGGGUGGACUGACCUCCUCUACAACAGCAACGAUGCCUCAGGGAACACUUGGAACUGGUUGUACUUCAUCCCCCUCAUCAUCAUCGGCUCCUUUUUUAUGCUGAACCUCGUGCUGGGUGUGCUGUCAGGGGAGUUUGCCAAAGAAAGGGAGCGCGUGGAGAACCGACGAGCCUUUCUGAAGCUGAGGCGGCAGCAGCAGAUCGAACGGGAGCUCAACGGGUACAUGGAGUGGAUCUCAAAAGCAGAAGAGGUGAUCCUUGCCGAGGACGAAACCGACGCGGAGCAGAGGCAUCCCUUUGAUGCUCUGCGGAGAGCCACCAUCAAGAAAAGCAAGACAGACCUGCUCAACCCUGAGGAGGCCGAGGACCAGCUGGCCGACAUCGCCUCUGUGGGUUCUCCCUUCGCCAGAGCCAGCAUUAAAAGUGCCAAGCUGGAGAACUCGACUUUUUUUCACAAAAAGGAGAGGAGGAUGCGUUUCUACAUCCGCCGUAUGGUCAAAACUCAGGCCUUCUACUGGACUGUGCUCAGUCUGGUAGCCCUCAACACGCUGUGUGUCGCUAUCGUCCACUACAACCAGCCCGAGUGGCUCUCCGACUUCCUCUACUAUGCAGAAUUCAUUUUCCUAGGACUCUUUAUGUCCGAAAUGUUUAUAAAAAUGUACGGGCUUGGGACGCGGCCUUACUUCCACUCCUCCUUCAACUGCUUUGAUUGUGGGGUCAUCAUCGGGAGCAUCUUCGAGGUCAUCUGGGCCGUCAUCAAGCCCGGCACGUCCUUUGGAAUCAGCGUGUUGCGAGCCCUCAGGUUAUUGCGCAUUUUCAAAGUCACAAAGUACUGGGCGUCUCUCAGGAACCUGGUCGUCUCUCUUCUCAACUCCAUGAAGUCCAUCAUCAGCCUGCUCUUCCUCCUCUUCCUGUUCAUCGUCGUCUUCGCCCUCCUGGGAAUGCAGCUCUUCGGCGGCCAGUUUAACUUCGAUGAAGGGACUCCUCCUACCAACUUCGACACUUUUCCAGCAGCAAUAAUGACGGUGUUUCAGAUCCUGACGGGCGAGGACUGGAACGAGGUCAUGUACGACGGGAUCAAGUCCCAGGGCGGCGUGCAGGGCGGCAUGGUGUUCUCCAUCUACUUCAUCGUGCUCACACUCUUCGGGAACUACACCCUGCUGAACGUGUUCUUGGCCAUCGCGGUGGACAAUUUGGCCAACGCCCAGGAGCUGACCAAGGAUGAACAGGAAGAAGAGGAGGCAGCCAACCAGAAACUCGCCCUCCAGAAAGCCAAGGAGGUGUCAGAAGUGAGCCCUCUGUCCGCAGCCGGCAUGUCCAUAGCUGUGAAGGAGCAGCAGAGGAACCAGAAGCCGGCCAAGUCGGUGUGGGAGCAGCGCACGAGCGAGAUGCGCAAGCAGAACCUGCUGGCGAGCCGGGAGGCGCUGUACAGCGAGAUGGACCCGGACGAGCGCUGGAAGGCCGCCUACGCCCGGCACCUGCGGCCCGACAUGAAGACCCACCUGGACCGGCCGCUGGUGGUGGAUCCGCAGGAGAACCGGAACAACAACACCAACAAGAGCCGCGCGGCCGAGCCCGCGGGGGCGCGCCUGGGCCCGCAGCGCGCCGAGGACCUGCUCAGGAAGCAGGCGCGCCUGCAGGAGCGCGCGCGGGACGGCCCCGGGGCCCCGGACGCGCGGCGCGCCUGGGCGGGCAGCCGGGAGGCCGAGCUGAGCCGCGAGGGGCCCUACGGCCGCGAGUCGGAGCCGCGCGCGCGGGAGGGCGGCCUGGAGCCGCCGGCGCUCUGGGAGGGCGAGGCGGAGCGGGCCAAGGCCGGGGACCCCCACCGCAGGCACGCCCACCGGCCGGGCGCCGGCAGGGAGAGCCGCAGCGGGUCCCCGCGCGCCGGCGCCGACGGGGAGCCCCGGCGCCACCGCGCGCACCGCCGGCCCGGCGACGAGGGCCCCGAGGACAAGGCCGAGCGCAGGGCCCGCCACCGCGAGGGCAGCCGGCCGGCCCGGGGCGGCGACGGCGACGGCCCCGACGGCGGAGAGCGCAGGCGGCGGCACCGGCACGGCCCCGCGGCCGCCUGCGACCUGGACGCGCGCAGGGAGGACAAGGAGCGCCGGCACCGGCGGAGGAAAGAGAACCAGGGCUCCGGGGUGCCCGUGUCGGGCCCCAACCUGUCGACCACCCGGCCGAUCCAGCAGGACCUGGGCCGCCAGGACCCGCCGCUGGCCGAGGACAUGGACAACGUGAAGAACAGCCAGCUGGCCACCGCCGAGUCGGCCGGUCCCCACGCCGGCCUGCCCCAGAGCCCGGCCAAGAUGGGGAACAGCACCGAGCCCGGCCCCCCGCCGGCCCCGCCCGCGCCAACCCCCCCGGACACCGCCAGCCGCCGGGCGCCCCACAACCCGGGGAACCCCUCCAACCCCGGCCCCCCCAAGACCCCCGAGAACAGCCUUAUCGUCACCAACCCUAGCAGCGCCCAGACCAACUCAGCGAAGACUGCCAGGAAGGCCGAGCACACCGUGGUGGACAUGCCCCCUGCCUGCCCGCCGCCCCUCAACCACACCGUCGUCCAAGUGAACAAAAACGCCAACCCAGACCCACUGCCAAGAAAGGAGGAGAAGGAGGAGGAAGACGACCCCGGGGAAGAUGGCCCCAAGCCCAUGCCCCCCUACAGCUCCAUGUUCAUCCUCUCGACCACGAACCCCCUUCGCCGCCUGUGCCAUUACAUCCUGAACCUGCGCUACUUCGAGAUGUGCAUCCUCAUGGUCAUCGCCAUGAGCAGCAUCGCCCUGGCGGCCGAGGACCCCGUCCAGCCCAACGCACCUCGCAACAACGUGCUGCGAUAUUUUGACUAUGUUUUUACGGGCGUCUUUACCUUUGAGAUGGUGAUCAAGAUGAUCGACCUGGGGCUCGUCCUGCACCAGGGCGCCUACUUCCGCGACCUCUGGAACAUUCUGGACUUCAUAGUGGUCAGUGGGGCCCUGGUGGCCUUUGCCUUCACUGGCAAUAGCAAAGGAAAAGACAUCAACACGAUCAAAUCCCUCCGAGUCCUCCGGGUGCUACGACCUCUUAAAACCAUCAAGCGGUUGCCAAAGCUCAAGGCCGUGUUUGACUGCGUGGUGAACUCGCUCAAAAACGUCUUCAACAUCCUCAUCGUCUACAUGCUGUUCAUGUUCAUCUUCGCCGUGGUGGCCGUGCAGCUCUUCAAGGGGAAAUUCUUCCACUGCACCGACGAGUCCAAGGAGUUCGAGAAAGAUUGCCGUGGCAAGUACCUCCUCUACGAGAAGAAUGAGGUGAAGGCACGGGAUCGCGAGUGGAAGAAAUACGAGUUCCACUACGACAACGUGCUCUGGGCCCUGCUGACUCUCUUCACCGUGUCCACGGGGGAAGGCUGGCCACAGGUCCUCAAGCACUCCGUGGACGCCACCUUUGAGAACCAGGGCCCCAGCCCCGGCUACCGCAUGGAGAUGUCUAUCUUCUAUGUGGUGUACUUCGUGGUCUUCCCCUUCUUCUUCGUCAACAUCUUCGUGGCCUUGAUCAUCAUCACCUUCCAGGAGCAGGGGGACAAGAUGAUGGAGGAGUACAGCCUGGAGAAGAACGAGAGGGCCUGCAUCGACUUCGCCAUCAGCGCCAAGCCGCUGACCCGGCACAUGCCGCAGAACAAGCAGAGCUUCCAGUAUCGCAUGUGGCAAUUCGUGGUGUCCCCGCCCUUCGAGUACACCAUCAUGGCCAUGAUCGCCCUGAACACCAUCGUGCUCAUGAUGAAGUUCUACGGGGCUUCGGUUGCGUAUGAAAACGCUCUGAGAGUGUUCAACAUCGUCUUCACCUCCCUCUUCUCCCUGGAGUGUCUGCUGAAAGUCAUGGCCUUCGGGAUUCUGAAUUAUUUCCGUGAUGCCUGGAACAUCUUCGACUUUGUGACUGUUCUGGGCAGCAUUACUGACAUCCUCGUGACUGAGUUUGGGAACAACUUCAUCAACCUGAGUUUCCUCCGCCUCUUCCGCGCUGCCCGGCUCAUCAAACUCCUCCGCCAGGGUUACACCAUCCGCAUUCUCCUCUGGACCUUUGUGCAGUCCUUCAAGGCCCUGCCGUACGUCUGUCUGCUGAUUGCCAUGCUCUUCUUCAUCUACGCCAUCAUCGGGAUGCAGGUGUUCGGCAACAUCGGCAUCGACGUGGAGGACGAGGACAGCGACGAGGACGAGUUCCAGAUCACCGAGCACAACAACUUCCGGACCUUCUUCCAGGCGCUCAUGCUUCUCUUCCGGAGCGCCACCGGGGAGGCUUGGCACAACAUCAUGCUUUCGUGCCUCAGCGGAAAGCCGUGUGAUAAGAACUCUGGCAUCCUGACUCCCGAGUGUGGCAACGAGUUUGCUUAUUUUUACUUUGUCUCCUUCAUCUUCCUCUGCUCUUUUCUGAUGCUGAAUCUCUUUGUUGCCGUCAUCAUGGACAACUUCGAGUACCUCACCCGAGACUCCUCCAUCCUGGGUCCCCACCACCUGGAUGAGUACGUGCGUGUCUGGGCCGAGUAUGACCCCGCAGCGUGGGGCCGCAUGCCUUACCCGGACAUGUAUCAGAUGCUGAGACACAUGUCUCCGCCCCUGGGUCUGGGGAAGAAGUGUCCGGCCAGAGUGGCCUACAAGAGGCUCCUGCGGAUGGAUCUGCCUGUAGCUGAUGACAACACUGUCCACUUCAAUUCCACCCUCAUGGCUCUGAUCCGCACAGCCCUGGACAUCAAGAUCGCCAAGGGCGGAGCCGACAAGCAGCAGAUGGACGCCGAGCUGCGCAAGGAGAUGAUGGCCAUCUGGCCCAACCUGUCCCAGAAGACGCUGGACCUGCUGGUCACCCCGCACAAGUCCACAGACCUGACGGUGGGGAAGAUCUACGCGGCCAUGAUGAUCAUGGAGUACUACCGGCAGAGCAAGGCCAAGAAGCUGCAGGCCAUGCGCGACGAGCAGAACCGGACUCCACUCAUGUUCCAGCGCAUGGAGCCCCCGUCUCCAACGCAGGAGGGGGGGCCCGGCCCGAACGCCCUCCCCUCCACCCAGCUGGACCCGGGAGGAAGCCUUAUGGGUUAUGAAAGUGGCAUCAAGGAGAGCCCGUCCUGGGUGACCCAGAGAGCCCAGGAGAUGUUCCAGAAGACGGGCACGUGGAGCCCUGAGCGGGGGCCCCCCACCGACAUGCCCAACAGCCAGCCCAACUCUCAGUCUGUGGAGAUGCGAGAGAUGGGCAGAGACGGCUACUCGGACAGCGAGCACUACCUCCCCAUGGAAGGCCAGGCCCGCGCCGCCUCCAUGCCCCGCCUCCCUGCCGAAAACCAGACCAUCUCAGACACCAGCCCCAUGAAGCGCUCGGCCUCUGUGCUGGGCCCGAAGGCCCGGCGCCUGGACGACUACUCCCUGGAGAGGGUGCCACCUGAGGAGAACCAGCGGCACCACCAGCGGCGUCGCGACCGCGGCCACCGAGCCUCCGAGCGCUCCCUGGGCCGCUACACGGACGUGGACACAGGCUUGGGGACGGACCUGAGCAUGACCACCCAGUCGGGGGACCUGCCAUCCAAGGAGCGGGAUCAGGAGCGGGGCCGGCCCAAGGACCGGAAGCAUCGGCACCACCAUCACCACCACCACCACCCCCUGCCCCCCGACAAGGAGCGCUACGCCCAGGAGCGGCCGGAGCACGGCCGGGCGCGGGCCCGGGACCACCGAUGGUCCCGCUCGCCCAGCGAGGGCCGAGAGCACAUGGCGCACCGGCAGGGCAGUAGUUCCGUAAGUGGAAGCCCAGCUCCCUCAACGUCUGGUACCAGCACUCCGCGGCGGGGCCGCCGCCAGCUCCCCCAGACCCCCUCCACCCCGCGGCCGCGCGUGUCCUAUUCCCCCGUGGUGCGCCGGGCCGGCGGCGCGGGGCCCCCGCAGCAGCAGCAGCAGCCGCCGGCGGCGCGGCCGGGCCGGGCGCCCAGCGGCCCGCGGAGGUUCCCGGGCCCGGCGGCCGAGCCUCUGGCCGGGGAGCGGCCGCCCGCGGGGGUUGCGGGCCGGAGCGAGUCCCCGCGGGCGUGUCGCCACGGCGGCGCGCGGCCCCUCGGCUACUACCGGGGCUCCGACCACGACGAGCCCGAGGCCCCGGGCGGCGGGGACGCGCCCCCCGCGCGCCGCGCCUGCUCGCCCAGGACUCCCCGGGCCGCGCGCCCCGCGUGCGCCUCGCCCUCGCGCCACGGCCGGCGCCUCCCCAACGGCUACUACGCGGCGCACGGGCCGGCCAGGCGCGCGCCAGGGCCCCGGAGAGGCCUGCACGGCGCCUGCAGCGAGACCGACGACGACGACUGGUGCUAAGCCCGGGCGAGGUGGCGCCCCCGCCCGGCCCCCGCGCCCCGCUGCCGCGCCCCGGAAGAGCGCGCGCCGGAGGCCCCGAAGGAUCUGCGGGGAGUCCGCGGGGCCGGGGCGCACCGCUGUCCGGCAGAGACCCUCCGCCAGGCCGGGACGGGCCGCUCCUGGGCGGUGACCGCGCGCCAGCCGGCCCCGACCCCCCGCCGCGGGACCCUCGGGGGCAGACAAACCACACAGCCAAGGGAUUCGAAUUAACUCAGCCAUUUUUGGAGAACCUUGGGGAAAACGGAAAUUUAAAAAAAACAAACAUUUUUAAAAGAAAAACGGGGAGAAAAAAACGCUUCUAUUGAUGAGUUUUAUCAUCUCAAUCGAGUCUUUCCUUCCCCUGGUGAAGGUGAGCUGGUGGCCCUCGUGUGGCCGAGGAGCGGCGGCGCGUCGGAAGCCCAGCGUCGCGCGCAGACCUCACCAGACACUCACCCCACACACGUUCUCAGACACGAGAGUGCUUGCUGGUUACACCAAACCCUACUAUUACUGCCUGCAGAAAUCAACUUAAACAAAUCAACAGUUUUAAAAAGGACAAAAAAAUGAAUGAUUGAGAAAAGAAGCAAUUUUUUCUGACGUUUGGUCCUGCUUGAAAUAACAAAAGAAAAAGAGAAAAAACCACCACCGAUUUCCUUUGCUUCUUUUUUCCUUUUUCCUACCUUGUUUGAAAACUGUGGGCUUGGGACUGUGAAUUAUUGCAUGACAUUCAAAAAGAAAAAAAAAAUUAAAAAAGUGAAUCAAAGGG